AUGGCUCUCCUUCCCUUUCUUUGUUCUCUCUUUCUCUUACUUGUAUUAUUUCAAGCCAAAGCCUUAGAUCCUUUUUCAUGUGAUAACACCAAAGGCAAUUACACAGCCAACAGCACCUACGACAACAACCUCAAAACCCUUAUAUCCAGUUUCUCUUCCCAUAAACAAAUUAACUACGGUUUCUAUAAUUUCUCAUAUGGCCAGAACCCAGACAAAGUAUAUGCCAUUGGUAUGUGUUGGGGAGAUCUCAAGCCAAAUGAGUGUCUUACAAACAUAAACACUACUUUUUCCGAUCUUAGAGAGCAGUGUCCGAAUCAAAAAGAGUCGAUUAUGUGGGGCAGCCAUUUAACUUUGUGGUAUUCAAAUCGCUCCAUAUUUGGGGUCGUAGAAACUGACCCUACGAUGUAUGUGGUCUACAAUAGGGGUGCAAAUGAUGUGGAAAAGUACAGACAAGCACUGAGUAACUUGAUGAUAAAACUUAAAGACAAAGCUGCAUCAGGUGACUCUCGUCGUAAGUAUGGCGCAGAUAAUGUGUAUGAUUCUGCAAAUUUUGCAACUAUAUAUGGUGUUGUGCAGUGUGUGCCUGAUUUGUCAGGACAAGAUUGCAAUGACUGUUUGGUUCGAGCAAUUUCAGAAAUUCCAAAUUGCUGUACUGGCAAGAUGGGAGGACAUGUUCUUAAACCAAGCUGUCGUCUUAGAUUUGAUCCUUAUCGCUUCUAUAGUCCUACCACUGAACUAGACUCAGUUGCAAAUCCUCCUACAGAUUCCACCAAUAACACUUCUUCAGGACACAACCAAACACGAACUUUCAUCGCAAUCGCAGUGCCAUUAGUUUUUGUGGGUUUGGUACUCAUUCUUAUUUGCUUAUGUUUAUGGCUGAGAAAACCAAAACACAGUUUUGAAGCUAACAAUGAAGAAUAUGAAGACGAAGAAGAAAGUGAAGUAAUGGCUUUAGAGUCAUUGCAAUUUAGCUUUGAUACCAUACGAGUUGCUACAAAUCACUUUUCAAAUUCUAAUAAAAUUGGACAUGGAGGAUUUGGCGAUGUUUAUCGGGGUAAGCUUUCGAAUGGACAAAUGAUUGCGGUCAAAAGAUUAUCAAUAGAUUCUGCUCAAGGAGACAACGAAUUUAAAAACGAAGUAACUUUAGUAGCCAAACUUCAACAUCGAAAUUUAGUUAGGCUACUUGGUUUCAGUCUUGAAGGAAGAGAAAGACUACUUAUUUAUGAAUUUGUUGUGAAUAAAAGUCUAGAUUACUUCAUAUUCGAUCCAACAAAGAAAACACUAUUAAAUUGGAGCAAGCGCUACGAAAUCAUAAGAGGUGUUGCACGAGGUCUUCUUUAUCUUCACGAGGAUUCUCGCUUGCGUAUUAUACACCGUGAUCUCAAAGCAAGUAAUAUUCUCUUAGACAGUGAGAUGAAUCCUAAAAUAGCUGAUUUUGGUUUGGCGAAGUUGUUUGUUAUCGAUCAAACUCAAGGAAAUACUAAUAGAAUUGUUGGAACAUAUGGAUAUAUGGCCCCGGAGUAUGCAAUGCGCGGACAAUUUUCAGUUAAAUCAGAUGUAUUUAGUUUUGGAGUAUUGGUUCUUGAAAUUAUAAGUGGUCAUAAAAAUAGUACAACUAUUUGUCUUGGAGAUGAUGUCGACUACCUAUUGAGCUAUGCAUGGAGAAGCUGGAAAGAGGGAAGAGCUACAAAUAUUAUAGAUCCAUCAUUGAACAAUAUUUCACAAAAUGAAAUAAUGAGAUGUAUCCAUAUUGGUUUACUCUGUCUUCAAGAAGAUGUAGAAGAUAGACCAACCAUGGCAAAUGUUGCACUCAUGCUCAAUAGUCAUUCUCUCACUCUUUCGAUACCUUCAAAACCCGCAUAUUUUUAUGGAAGUGAAACUAGAAGCUUACAAAAUAUGCAGAUAUUGGAUGGAAACUCUGAUACAGCAAUAUCACGUGAAUCGAUUAAUCAGGCUUCAAUUACUGAUCCAUACCCUCGAUAG